AUGGCUGCGGAGAGUGUCGGUUCAUCAAGGACACCGGAAAUUUCCGGGAUCAAUGGCGGUAAUUCGAGAAGGAGCUCGUUAUCAUGUCCUUCUAACAACAAAGAAAGAACACUUUCUCUUUAUCGCCGAGCUUCAACCGGUUCUUGUCAUGAUAUCUGCAAACCGAAGAAGAAACAUGAAUCCGAAGAGAAGGCGCCUAAACUUCCCUUUCAGAAAAGGAUCACAAAAAAGGCGUUCGAUGAACCAAAAUUGUUUGAGAACUUGGAGUUGCCACCCAAGAAGAAGAUCGUCAAGCCGGAAACGUCGACCAACUCACCGAGUAGAAGCAGUUCCGCUGUAAAUAAAGUUGUUUCGAUGAAAGAAAAGGCGUCAAUGGCAAAGGUUAGGGCCAAAUAUCCCCCUAAUUCUAGAAGGCAUUCCAUUGAUACCACUGAUGUUGUUAACUUUGAGGAUAAAAAGACAUCUAUGACAAAGCUUAAAUCUUCACCAAAGUUGAAACCCGACGUAUUCGAUGCCGGUAAAGUCGUGAAACAGGACAGAUCAUUACCUUCGAAGAAAGUUCCAUCAAAAGCUAAUGAGAGAAGUUGUUAUAAACGUUCUAUUACUUGUUUGAAACCGAAAAAUCAGGCCGAAAGAAAGAGUGGAAUCGAUGAUAUGAAGACGGGAAAAAGGAAUGUAAUAAAGGAACUUGCAGCAUCACAAAAAGCUUCUUUAACGGGAGCUACGAGCCUUACUACAAGACAGUACAGGAAUUUGAAAGUUGUACCUAAGCAGAAGGAUCGGUACAAGGUCGAAAAUGGCGAAAACGAGCAACUUCUCGAUGAACACGACACGCUCCAGGAGAAAACCUUGUAUGUUAUCAAGUUGGAGACAGAAAAUAUGAUGUUGGAAUCCGAUAAAAACGAAAAUUGUGCUGCUGAAUUGUCUCCACCUAUUGUAGAUGAAUCCGGAUAUGCUGUGACCAAAGUUGAUCAUGACUCUGUCACUGAAUACGGUGAAGAUAAAACUGUAAAUACGGAAGCUGCGGACAAUUCGAGCAAUAAUGGUCCGUUGCGUCUCAAGUCCGGUCGAGGAAGAGAAACCGAUGGUGACACAAAUGACAUUGUUUCAAGACACAAAGAUGUGCAGGGGAAGAUAGAUGGAAAGAGUUUAUUCAAUAAUGUGAUCAAAGAAACCGCGAAUAAACUUGUCGAAACCCGGAAAAAUAAAGUUAUGGACAUAGUUGGUGCAUUCGAAACCGCAAUUUCUCUUCAAGACUCGAAACCGUUAUCGAAUGUUGCCAGUUGGUGA